AUGUACGCUAUGAACGCUGUUAUCCUGAGCAUCUUGGCCGCUUGGGCGUCAGCCUCGCCCGCAGUGGUUCCCAAAGCCAAUGUGGCCAAUGUCAACAUGUACAGCGGUAGCUCCUGCGGUGGCAGCACCCAAAGCUUCACCGUCACGGAUGGAUACAGAUGCCAACCCGUUAGUGGUGCUAAGGCCUCCAUCUCGGUAUCGGAGAACGGUUGCGCAACCUAUACCUGGAGCGGCACGAACUGCCAGGGCUCGAGCCUCCAUAUCAACGGCGACCAAUGCACAUCAGUGCUGUUUGGCUCUGUCUCUGUUCAGUGCUAG